CAUUUUUUUGUACUAGAGGUUGUUCUUUAUAUAAUCUGAAGGAAUCCAGUUGCCGUUGUAUUGCUAGUGCUGCCAAAUUGGUCAAACAUUUCAGUCCAAAACUAGAAGACGCGUUCUCUUCUCCCCCCGUGAGCUGCCCAUCCCGACCGAUCCCCAGCCUCCAGCCGCCCACCUGCAAGCCGUUCGAAGGACGUGCGCGCGUGUCAGCGCGGCCGACAGACAGGAGAGGACAUGGAGAUGGAGGGGGAGGCGGUGCCGGCGCUGGCGGUGGUGGACGCGCGGUUCUGCCUGGCGGAGCAGGCGGCGCUGGCGGUGGCCAAGACGCUGAGCGUGUCCGGGAACGACUUCACCGUCACGGACGCCGCCACGGGCGCCGUCCUGCUGCGCGUGGGCGGCGCCGUCUUCAGCCUCCGCCGCCGCUGCCUCCUCGCCGACGCCCUCCGCCGCCCCGUCCUCACCGUCCAGGAAUCCGCGAUGGUGAUGAACACGCGGUGGAAGGUGUUCCGCGGGGACAGCACGCGGCGGCGGGACCUGCUGUUCACGGUGGUGAAGCCGUCGGUGAUCCAGCUGCGGUGGUCGACAAAGGUCAGCGUGUUCCUCGCCAGCAACGACGCCGAGCGGGUCUGCGACUUCCGGAUCACCGGCAGCUACCACGACGGCGCUUGCUCCGUCACCCUCGGCGACUCCGACACCGUCAUCGCAAAGAUCGACCGGCGGUUCACGGUGGUGAGCGCGCUGCUGGGGAAGAACACGUACAGCGUCACCGUCAACCCCGGCAUCGACUACGCCUUCGUCGUCGCGCUCGCCGUCGUCCUCGACGAGAUGCACUACCAAUGACCACAUCGAAGACCGAAAGCUCUCCUCUCCCCCACCUCUGCUCCUCGAUCGUAGCCGGCGUUUGCGUCACUUCAUCACACAAGAUCUUGCUUUCGUGUGUCAGCUAUGUACUUGUAGGCAGGAGAAAUCAAGAAUGCUCCCUCCAACCUCUGCUUUUUACUAGCCAGUUCACGCAUGCGUCGGCAACUCGGCCGUCAGAGACUCAAGAGUCGCAUCACGGCAAGUGUGUGUUUUCAGAGGUGACGCUGCGAACAGAUGUUGUUGAUCCAAAUCAGCAUGUUGAGACCGCACUCCAUUGAACUUGCUUUGAUCCGGGCGAAAAUUAAACAUUUCCUUCCGAGCUUUACAAGUUUA